AUGUCGUUGUUUAUGCCAGAAGUUAAAAUAGAAGAAGGCGUUUUACAAAUACCAAAAAUGUCCAGUAAAUCAAAAAAAAAUAAGAAUAAAAUUGAACCAAAAGCGAAGAGAGGAAGGCCAAAAAAAGGCGAAGAUACAGAUUUUGUGCCAAAAAAGCAACCAAAGGAAAAAAAGGUUAAGUUACCCAAAGAACCAUCAUUACCAAAACUACCCAAUAUUUCCAUAGCGGAGCUGAAAGAAAAACUGAAAGACAUGGUUAAAGGCAUGGGCGUGGAACCUCCAGAAGACGAAAACGGAGUAAAACAGGAAGAUUUCGAGAUAAAACCGGAGUUUAUUGAGAUUUUAAAACAUUACGAGUUGGAAGAAACUAACUUAUACGAUUGUCCUAUUUGUAAGGACGAUAAGCAGAGGAAGCUAUUCGAACUAAGAAAACAUUACAGGGAAGAGCAUAAGGGGAAAAGGUUACGAUCAUCAAAAUUUUCUACCAAAUCGUUCCCGUGCGAUGUGUGCGGUAAAGAGUUCAAAACUAUGGCAGGAGUGAAAGACCACAUCGACACUCACAACAUGUAUUUUCAAUGCUACGAUUGUGGGCUCUCCUACAAAAAAUUAGUGGAUAUUGUGGUUCAUCUGCGAACCCAUUCCACCGAAGAACUAUUUAAAUGUUUGGUGUGCGAAAUGACCACCGAAGAUAUUAACUUGAUAACGGAACACGUUAACGCCAAACACACCGAUACGGAAGAUUACAAGUACUGGUGCGAAAUAUGCAAAAAAGGUUUCCAUCUUUCGUCUUGGCACCAAGAACACGACAAUUUUCACACAGGAUUAAAACCGUUCGAUUGCGACUUGUGCGGCAAAAGUUUCAUGUAUUCCAGGUACCUUCAAGCCCACAAAAGCACCAUGCACAAGGACGAGGCCGUUGUCGGACCCAGCAUGCAUAUUUGCGUGAUUUGUAAGAAGGAAUACCAACAUAAAAACAGCCUGAAACUUCACAUGAACACUCAUACAGGGAACUAUUCAAUUUGUGAUAUUUGCGGGAAAAUAUUAUCCAGCAAGGAAAAGUUGAAGUUUCAUAUUCGAACACAUACAGGAUACAAACCAUUUACUUGCUCUUACUGUGGCAAAAGCUUCACCAAAAAACCGAUUUUAGUUGAACACGUGCGUAUUCACACGGGGGAACGGCCCUAUGUUUGUGAAUACUGCAACAAAGCCUUUUCCCAAAGAUCUAGUCUAGUUAUACACAUUAGGAGUCAUACUGGAGAGCGACCUUACGUAUGCAAGUUUUGCACUAAAGGAUUUGUUGCCAAAGCCAUGCUAAAUAUUCAUCUUAAAUCUUGCAAGGGUGUGAUAAAACUAAAGUAUUCUAAUUUUAGGGAAUUCGUUGAAAUAAAGCAGGACUGGGAUUUGGAUCACUAUUUUAUUACAAUUGUGGAAGAUGGUGGUAUUCCUACAGAUAACCCUACAGAAACCAUACAUAUCAGAUGUGAAGAUGAAGGGGAAGUAAAAACAAGAAAGGCCGAGGAUAAACUUUCUGAAGCGUUAUGUAACAUUUGCGGCAUUAUAAUGAAACCCAAACAGCUAAUAAUUCACCUGGAAGAACACCAUGGCGGUCAAUUCUACUGUGACAUAUGUUAUGUUUCCUUUGUGUCCCAGGAUGAGCUCGAAAAACAUAAAGAAAAAGUCCACGAUGACGAGCUUAAGCAAUUUUAUUGCAGUGUUUGCGACUUGGCUUUUUCCAACACCACAAAAUUCGCUAUUCAUAACUAUCAGCAUUUUAAAUACUACACUUGUCCCAUGUGCGAUUUCACUUCCCACUGCAAGAAUUCCUUGAUAGCUCAUAUUAAAAGGCACGAGGGGCAGUUCGAUUAUACGUGUACUAUUUGUUCAAAAGGGUUCUUGUGUAAAGCAGUUUUAGAUUCGCACAUGGAAAUGCAUGCAGAUAUAAAAAAAUACAACUGCGAGUUUUGCGAUAAAAAGUUCACAGUCAAAAGAUACCUGGACGUCCACAAAAAAUACAACCACAAGAAAGAACUUUUUGGAUUCGAGGAAGUGUUCCAUUGUGAUAUAUGCCAAAGAGGAUUUUCUUUCGAAAAAAGCCUUAUCCGACAUCUAAGUUCUGUCCAUGGAGUCGGCAAGUCCAGAGCUGUAGACUGUUCCGUUUGUGGCAAGACAAUUGCAAAUCCGUACAAUUUAAAAAUGCACAUGCGUCUUCACACUGGAGAAAAAAAAUAUGUUUGUCAUUUGUGCGGAAAGGCAUUUAGCGGUUUUAAAUACUAUAAAAAACAUUAUUCUAAAUUUCAUAGCGAAUCCCCUGAAGAACAAGAACAAAACAUCAGUGAUUCGAAAAUAAAGCAACUUUAUGUGUGGAUAAAAUGUGAAGACAAAUUACUACCAGACAAAACAUCACAAAUAAACCAAAAAUUUGUUACUUGCAAGGAAUGUCCUGGUGAACUUUUUACCAAAAACCAAUUAAAAGACCAUAGAAAAUCCAACCAUCCAAAUAAACCUACAUCAAAGGAAUGGACGUGCAAAGAAUGCGAUGACGUAUUUCGAACAAGAACAGAACUGCAAGUUCAUCGCAAAAAUGAGCACCCGAAUCCAUUAAAGGAAAAAGCCUUUGAAUUGAAUUGCGAGUAUUUUGAAUGUAUGAAUAAAUACAUUUGUUACAACUGCGGCGCAGAGUUCGAGAAUGAAGAAUCUGUAAAAGAGCACCAGGUUGAACACGAAGAUAAGUUUGAUUGUACGGACUGCGACGAAAAAGUUUACGGGGCGUUUCAGUUUUCCGUGCAUUGCCAGAAACACAGGAAAGAUAAAAAUUACGUUUGCCCGCAUUGCCCUUAUUUAACAUUAAGAAAGGAAAUGAUUUCCACUCAUAUAAUGCAAAAACAUAAGAAAAUGUUUGAUUUUCAGUGCGAUAAAUGCGACAAAGGGUUUUUUGAUGCUUUAUCUUUUAAGGAACAUGAAAAUGUACAUCUUGGCUUGAAACCUUUUGAGUGCGUGGUUUGCGGAAAGUCUUUCGCUUUUUCUAGAUUCUUAAAAUAUCAUCAAAUCAAAUGUCACACUAUCUGCACUAAGGAGGGACCGAAAAAAAAAACCAUAAAACAAAAGAAUGUAUUGUGCGAUAUAUGCGGUGUAAAUAUUGCCAAUAAAUAUAAGUUACAAAUUCACCUUAAAGAUCAUUUUGGCAUCAAGCCGUUUAUGUGUAAAAUUUGCGGUAGGGGCUUCUCAGUACAAUCUAUAAUGCUCCGUCACGAGCAAUUGCAUACUGCUACCAAUUCUUUCGAAUGUGAAUACUGCAACAAAAAAUUUAAAAGUCGCAUAUAUUUGAACAAUCACAAAAAAUUCAACCAUAAAAAAGAACUUUUCGGAAAGGACGAGGUAUAUAAGUGCGAAAUAUGCGAAAAGAGCUUUUCAUUUUUGAAGAGUUUAAAUAGACACUUAAGCAGAAUACAUGGGAUAGGAAAAUCGUCGCAUGUUUCUUGCCCUCUUUGCUAUAAAAUUCUUACCGACAAAUAUGGUUUGACUUUGCAUAUGCGUACACAUACUGGAGAGAGAAAACAUGUAUGUGAUAUCUGCGGAAAAGGCUAUAGUAAAUUUACUUACCUUAAAAAACAUAAACUCACGGUGCAUACCGAAAAAGAUGCACAAUCUCAUUCAGACCAUCCAUACAGUACGGACACCCAGAGAGCAAAACAAAAACAAAGACUAAGCAAUAAAGGAAAAUCAGAGCCCAUGGAUACAAGUAACAUCACUUUGGUCAUAGAUUCAGAAACCCCUGAAAAUGAUGACCCAGAUGACUUUGAAAAUGUUAAGAACUUUACCAUUAAAAAAGUAACACAGGAUUCAACUACUGUAGAUUCAAAGCCUGAUAUAGAUGAAAUGGAAAGUUUAAAUAACCCCUUGAAACCUAAAAAGGUGCCAAAAAAGAAAGGGAAGAAGAGUCCUAUAAAGGAAGAAUUUCAAAUUGAUAUGACAAAUAUUAAAAGUAUAGCGGAGAAGACGGAUAUAGAUAAAAAAGAGAUUUCGUCAGAAAAGGGAUUAAAAAACAAUACACACAAAUAUAUGUAUUCAGAAGAUUCAGACUCAGAUUUGGAAGAUACAGAAUCUAUAAACAGCCUUCUUCAAACCCUUAAAAGGGUACCGAAUAAAAAGGUUAUUGUUAAUCCUGCAGAAAAGGAAAUUCAUAUUGAUAUGAAAAAUAUCGACGAUGUCAAGAAAUCUGUAUUCUCCAUUGAUACACAAAAUUUAAAGAGUUCGAAGAACAUUGCAAAUAAAACAAUCCUAAUUAAAAUGUCGAGUUUGAUACCCCUUAAAGAAAAUUUAGAAGCUUCGGAAAAUUUAAAAGCAGUAAUUACAGAUGAACAAAAAAAAAUAAAUGUUCCUAAUGUUAGAGAAGAAACAAAAGAUAUAGAGAAUGUAUCUAAAGCAAAUAAAACAGAGUACAGAAAAAAUUACAUAAAUACGGAAAAAAUGGCUCAAGCCACAAGUAUUUCAGAAAACAUAUAA